GAUAACAAAUUCCCCGAUCAUCUGCAUUAGAACGGUACGUGCGAGUGAUUUCGAUAGCAUUAAUUUCGAUAAACAGAAUUAUAACGAAUGACGAUUUCAAUAACGAAUUUCGAUUGAAACGGAGUCAAACUGCAAUGUCCAUGCAUUUUUUCCGUAUUGCGAUACAACUGGGGAGAUAGCUGCAGUGCAGAUCUACCUGUGACGACACAAAGCCUUCAGGUACCAACGGCUGAUUGCUUGGAAUGCCACUUCUGUGAGUGGAGGGAGGUCGUUGGAAAUAGUACAGAGUAAAAUGUUUCUCAACGGCUGGCGUCAGUGAACAUCUGCGUGGGCACAGCUGCCGUACGUCAAUGAGACAUUUAAUUUUUCUUUCAAUAUUUAAUUUUUGAUAAAGAAUUGGAGUGGAAUCGUGAAAUGGAAAUUAAGGGGAAAUUCUUGGUUGUGAUCCUGGUGGUGCUGUUCGUGUGUGCUCACACUCAAGCAAGGAGAAGAAAAAAUUCAAGAAAUCGUGGCGUAAAACCCACCAGAAAUUCCACAGACUUUGACAUUUUCAUCUUCACUCAACACUGGCCCCAGACAGUCUGCUACACCUGGAAGAAAGAAUCUACCUCCAACACUUGCGAUCUACCACAGGACGAUGAGUGGACAAUCCACGGAUUAUGGCCGACGCAGUACCACAAACUUGGUCCCCAGUUCUGCAACCCCAGUCUGCAUUUCGAUGUCACAGCCCUCGCGCCAAUUGAAAAGGAGAUGGAGGUGAAGUGGAUUGAUGUUGAGAAAGGCACGAAGCCAUACUCUUUCUGGAAACACGAGUGGCAGAAGCAUGGCACGUGCUCAGCUGUGCUUGAGCCUCUGAACUCGGAAAUGAAGUACUUCCAGGAGGGACUGAGGCUCUUGGAUGUUUAUGACAUGAAGCAUGUUCUUGGAAAGGCAAAUAUCCAUCCUGGGUCGUCGUACCCUGUUCAGACUAUCUUGGAUGGGGUCAGGGAGGUCUUAGGGAAGACUUGUCAAGUGGAAUGCGUGUCUAAUAAGAAAGAAAAGCAGUCCUAUCUCUUCGAAAUCCGGAUAUGCUUCGAUAAAUCAUUAAAUCUAAUCGACUGCAAUGGAAUCGUGGGUUUUCCAACAAAUUGCUCUCCCAAGAGAGAGAUUAUGUACCCGGGAAUUGUUCCCAAUCAAUACCACGUAAUUCAAUUUUAAUUGCACGAUAAUUUAGCUUCAAUUUUGCGGAACGACAGGCAGAUCCUGAAGUUGCAGAGUAAAUUGCAAUCGUAAAUGCAAACAUCUCUAAAUCCAAUAAUUUCAAUAAAAAAUAUCAGGAGAUUUUUGCAAGGUCAUCUGCAUGAGAUUUUUUGACUCAUUUUAUUUGGUUAAAAUUCAUGUGUCAAUUACUUUGCAAACAUCUCCUGAAGAAAGACAAAAAGACAUUUAAAAAAAUUCAUCGAGAGAAAUUUUUGUAGCUAAUUUUUUGGCAAACAACAAAUUCUAUCGACACUUUCUCUCGAAUCGAUUAGUUCCGAAGACAUUCCUAAAAUCAUUAAAUAGAAUGUUUUGCCUUCGCCAUAGGAAAAAUCUUAGAUAAUAUCAACGAGUAUUUUUUAAUGAAUCUGUCAUAAUAAUUUGUAGAAGAAAUUUUUUUAUGAUUUCGAACCUUCUACACUUUGCUAUUUAAUAUUUUGUCGGUAAUUUACGGAAGUACCAUGUGAUCACAGGCAUAUUAUGAAUACGAAUCAUGUAAUAUUUGUCAUUAGAAAUUAAGAACGGAAUGAAUUAGAAGAAAAAAAUUAUAGCGAACGAAUGAAGAAGCGAAUGAUUGAUUUAUGUUCAAUUUUUGUCGAAUCCCGAACAUAAUCAUCAUGCGGUGUUUGCCCAAGAAAAUGACCAACGAAGACGUUUUAAAAUUCAUGGAGAGAUAUUUUUUGCAAAUAAUUUGUUAGCAAACAAAAAAGUUCUCUUGAAUAAAAUCAUUGAAUGAAAUGGUUUGCCUUCAUUAUAGGUAAAAUCUUAGUGAAUCUCAAAAAAUAUUUUUUGAAUGAAUUUGGCAUAAUAAUUUUUAGAAAAAAUAUUUUUUUAUGAUUUCGAACCUUCUACACGUAUACUUUGCUAUUUAAUAUUGUCGGUAAUUUACGGAAGUACCAUGUGAUCACAGGCAUAUUAUGAAUACGAAUCAUGUAAUAUUUGUCAUUAGAAAUUAAGAACGGAAUGAAUUAGAAGAAAAAAAUUAUAGCGAACGAAUGAAGAAGCGAAUGAUUGAUUUAUGUUCAAUUUUUGUCGAAUCCCGAACAUAAUCAUCAUGCGGUGUUUGCCCAAGAAAAUGACCAACGAAGACGUUUUAAAAUUCAUGGAGAGAUAUUUUUUGCAAAUAAUUUGUUAGCAAACAAAAAAGUUCUCUUGAAUAAAAUCAUUGAAUGAAAUGGUUUGCCUUCA